GACGUCAUCCUGCAGUAGCGGGGAUGGGGUGGGAGUGAGAGAGAGAUAGAGAGAGCAAGCGAGAGUGAGGACGCUGGGCUGGAGACUGAAGAGAGAAGCUACUGCAAGUCCCCCAUCUCAGCCACCCAGCGGGUCUGAACACAUCUGCUAUAUGGACUAGAGUGGUCGGCAGGCUCCUUUCCGAUCUUGUCCCCCUGCCCUUCCCUCGUAGUCUCUGCAUUUCUCCCCCAAGGUGGCAUUAGCAGGCUUGAGGCUCCCAGGGGAUAGGAACGCCUGGCCUGGCGUGCUUAGCACCGCACCAUGACCCUCCUGCUGGUGUCCCUUUUGCUGGCCUCUCUGCUUCAAAUCAGCUCUGGCAACAAAGCCAACAAGCACAAGCCAUGGAUCGAGGCAGAGUACCAGGGCAUUGUCAUGGAGAAUGACAACACGGUCCUGUUGAACCCACCACUCUUUGCCUUGGAUAAAGAUGCUCCACUGCGCUAUGCAGGUGAGAUCUGCGGCUUCCGGCUCCAUGGAUCUGGGGUACCCUUCGAGGCUGUGAUCCUGGACAAGGCAACGGGUGAAGGGCUGAUCCGGGCUAAGGAGCCCGUGGACUGUGAGGCCCAGAAGGAACACACUUUUACCAUUCAGGCUUAUGACUGUGGCGAGGGACCCGAUGGCACCAAUACCAAGAAGUCUCACAAGGCAACCGUGCAUGUUCGGGUCAAUGAUGUGAAUGAGUUUGCCCCGGUCUUUGUGGAGCGUCUGUACCGUGCUGCAGUGACGGAGGGGAAGCUGUAUGAUCGGAUCUUACGUGUGGAAGCCAUUGAUGGCGACUGCUCCCCGCAGUACAGCCAGAUCUGCUACUAUGAGAUCCUUACGCCCAACACCCCUUUCCUCAUUGACAAUGAUGGCAACAUUGAGAACACAGAGAAGCUACAGUACAGUGGCGAGAAACUCUACAAGUUCACAGUGACAGCGUAUGACUGUGGGAAGAAGCGAGCGGCAGAUGAUGCUGAGGUGGAGAUUCAGGUGAAGCCCACCUGCAAACCCAGCUGGCAAGGCUGGAACAAAAGGAUUGAAUAUGCCCCAGGAGCCGGGAGCUUGGCUUUGUUCCCUGGCAUCCGUCUGGAGACCUGUGAUGAGCCACUGUGGAACAUUCAGGCCACCAUAGAGCUGCAGACCAGCCAUGUGGCCAAGGGCUGCGACCGAGACAACUAUUCAGAGAGGGCUCUGCGGAAGCUCUGUGGUGCUGCUACUGGGGAGGUGGACCUGUUGCCCAUGCCCGGCCCCAAUGCCAACUGGACAGCGGGGCUGUCGGUGCACUACAGCCAGGACAGCAGCCUCAUCUACUGGUUCAAUGGCACACAAGCUGUGCAAGUUCCCCUGGGUGGUCCAGCAGGGCUGGGCUCUGGGCCGCAGGAUGGCUUCAGCGACCACUUUACCCUGUCCUUCUGGAUGAAGCAUAGUGUGACUCCCAGCAAGGGGAAGAAGGAGGAGGAGACCAUUGUGUGUAACACAGUCCAGAAUGAGGACGGCUACUCUCACUACUCACUGACUGUCCAUGGCUGCAGAAUUGCCUUUCUCUACUGGCCGUUGCUUGAGAGUGCUCGUCCUGUCAAGUUCCUCUGGAAGCUGGAGCAGGUGUGUGAUGAUGAAUGGCAUCACUACGCCCUGAACCUGGAGUUCCCCACGGUCACACUGUAUACUGACGGUAUCUCCUUCGACCCGGCUCUCAUCCACGACAAUGGUCUCAUCCACCCACCCAGGAGGGAACCUGCACUCAUGAUUGGGGCCUGCUGGACUGAAGAGAAGAACAAAGAGAAGAAGGGGGGAGAGAACAGUACAGACACAGCCUCAGGAGACCCCUUGCUGAUCCACCACUACUUUCAUGGCUACCUAGCUGGUUUCAGCGUGCGCUCAGGUCGCCUGGAGAGCCGUGAGGUCAUCGAGUGCCUCUAUGCAUGUCGGGAGGGGCUGGACUAUAGGGAUUUCGAGAGCCUGGGCAAAGGCAUGAAGGUCCACGUGAACCCCUCGCAGUCCCUGCUCACCCUGGAGGGGGAUGAUGUGGAGACCUUCAACCAUGCCCUGCAGCAUGUGGCUUACAUGAACACUCUGCGCUUUGCCACACCCGGCGUCAGGCCCCUGCGCCUCACCACCGCUGUCAAGUGCUUUAGUGAAGAGUCCUGUGUCUCCAUCCCUGAAGUGGAGGGCUAUGUGGUGGUUCUUCAGCCCGACGCCCCCCAGAUCCUUCUGAGUGGCACAGCUCAUUUUGCCCGCCCAGCUGUGGACUUUGAGGGACCCGAGGGAGUCCCCUUGUUCCCCGAUCUUCAGAUCACCUGCUCCAUUUCUCACCAGGUGGAGGCCAAAGCAGAUGAGAGUUGGCAGGGCACAGUGACAGACACACGCAUGUCAGAUGAGAUUGUACACAACUUGGACGGCUGUGAGAUUUCUCUGGUGGGGGAUGACCUAGACCCUGAACGAGAGAGCCUGCUCUUGGACAUGGCUUCCCUGCAGCAGCGAGGCCUGGAACUCACCAACACAUCUGCCUACCUCACCAUUGCUGGGGUGGAGACCAUCACUGUGUAUGAAGAGAUCCUGAGGCAGGCUCGUUAUCAGCUUCGGCAUGGAGCUGCCCUUUAUGCCAGGAAAUUCCGGCUUUCUUGCUCGGAGAUGAACGGCCGAUACUCCAGCAACGAAUUCAUUGUGGAGGUCAACGUCCUGCAUAGCAUGAACCGGGUGGCCCAUCCCAGUCAUGUGCUCAGUUCACAGCAGUUCCUGCACCGGGGUCACCAGCCUCCUCCUGAGAUGGCUGGACACAGCCUGGCCAGCUCCCACCGGAACUCCAUGGUCCCCAGUGCUGCGACUCUCAUCAUUGUGGUAUGCGUGGGCUUUCUGGUGCUUAUGGUUAUCCUCGGCCUCGUUCGGAUCCACUCCCUUCAUCGCCGCGUCUCAGGAACUGGCGGACCUUCAGGGGCUUCCACUGACCCGAAGGACCCUGACCUCUUCUGGGAUGACUCUGCUCUCACCAUUAUUGUCAAUCCUAUGGAGUCCUACCAGAACCAGCAGACCUGUGUGGCAGGGGUGGCUGGUGGCCAGCAAGAGGAAGAGGACAGCAGUGACUCGGAAGCAGCCGACUCCCCCAGCAGUGAUGAGAGACGCAUCAUUGAGAGCCCCCCACACCGCUAUUGAGGCGCCAACCCUGCCAAGAGAGAGAGGCCUGCCCUGGGGAGACAGGCACUCAGGAAAAAAAAGGGAGAACGGCAUUUUGAGAGAAGAGAGACCGAGGGGGGAGAAAGAGCUCUUCAUUUGGAGCAGUCCUUCAAUCUCAGAACCCCAGGAGGCCCCACAGGAGUUGCCCUCCUCCUUCAGCCUGCCCCUGCCUUGGGCUGCCCUUCCCCUGGUGUACUCCUGAGGUGUCUGCCCCAGCUGGCUGCCCUGGGAGAGUGGCUGGAUGGCUUUGGCUGCCCUGUAGCCUACCUGUGGCAGCAUACUGUGCCAGCCAUGCACUGUAUUAGGGAGGGGGAUGUCAACAGCCUUGGUUGAGGUGGGAAUGCAAUUGAUGGGAGCCUGCUGCUGUGUCCUUCUCUACUCUGUUCUGUCCGUGAGGGCUUUCCUUCUGUUGCCCCUCCCCCUCCCGCUUCCCCUAGGAUCCCCUCGCCUCUAUUUCCAUUUCACUCUGGGGAUCCCUGCUCCUCCCUCUUCUCAGCCUCCUCCCUCUUUUGUCCUCUUUUCCUCUCCUGCCUGAGCAGUACCAAGGUCUUACUGUCUCUAUUCCUUUCUCCAUGGCCUGCUUUGCCUGGGUUGUGGGGAAGGAGGAGGAGGGGGACCCUGGGGGUGUAUUAUAUAUAGUGUAUAUUUUUUCAAUGUUGUCGUGAGCGCAGCUCCUGUGUUUCUGUGUGCAGCUCACAGCCUUGUAUGUGUGCGUGUGCGUGGCAUUGUCAUGUCCUGGGAUGAGGGUAGGGGGUGGGUGUGGUAAAGGAGGGCCGCACCCUAGGGUUUUCAAAUAAAACAACUAGAAAAAAGUU